AUGAAACAAAAAAAAAUGGAUUUUCGUAAGAACAAAAAUAAUAAUGAUUCAAACAAUGUAAUUAUAAUAAAUGAUGAAAUAAAUUCUGAUAUAUCAUUAGAGAGUAGUGAAGAAGAGGUUGAUAAUUAUGAUCAACAUUAUGAUAAUUUUUUAACACCUAAAAAUGGUAAUGGAAAUAGAGUUCUUAACCAUAACCAUAUUCAUAAUUUAAAAAGUAAAAAGAAUAAUAUUAUCAUAGAUUUAACAUUAAGUGAUAAUUCAAAUAAAGAUUAUGUAGAAUAUCAAAAUGUAAAAAAAAAUUGUGAAGAUAAUUUCAAGGAAGGAGAUAAUCCUUCAAAUAUUUCUGUAUCUACUAAAGAGUUUAUUGAUUGUUAUAAGAAUGAUAAAGUAAAAAAUAUUAAAGUUAAUGAAAAACAAAUCGAACAAAACAAUACAAAGAAUCAAGAAAGUCAAAAAAAUAUACAUAUAAAUAAUACAUCCUUUAUGAAAAUAUCAUGUAAUGAAAAAAAUAAAAAUGAAAUGAUUAAUGAAUUCAAAAUAAAUGAACAUGAUAAUAUUAGCAUACAUUCUGUGCAUACAAUAGAAGAAGAUACCGUAAAUUCAAAUGAAGAUAUUAAUUUUAACCAUAAUAAAAACAAUUGUAUGAAUUUCUUACAUAAUGAACAUAAUAAAAGAAAUUAUGAACAAAUGAUGGAACAUAAUAUAAGAAAUGAGAAAAAUAAAAGACAUAUAAUUAUAGAAAAUACGAAGACACACAAAAUUACUAGUCCUUGUAUUAAUUUAGAAGAUAUAACUCAACCUGAACAUUUAAAUCAAACUCCACAAAACAAAAAAAAAUAUUAUAGGAACAUUAAUAAUAAUGUAAUAGAUCUAGAUAAAGAAAAUGAACAGACAAAAGAUUUUUCUUUCUAUAAAAAUGAUCAUUCAUCAAGUAAUAAGAAUAGAAAAAAAAAUAAUCCAAAUAAUGCAUAUCAUGCAAAUAAUGCAUAUCAUGCAAAUAAUGCAUAUCAUGCAAAUAAUGCAUAUCAUGCAAAUCCUUUUAAAAGUAAUAUGUUUAGAAAUAUAUUAUUUAAUAAAAAAUAUAGAAUAGAAGACUUAUAUUAUAUAAAAUUAAAAUAUGAUGAUUUAUCAAAUAUAGAAAAAAAAGAAGAAGAAAAUGUUAAAAACUUUUAUAAUAAAUAUUAUAAAUGUUCAUUUUAUGUAGAUAAAAAUAUAAAUAAUAUAUGUUUAAAAAAAUACGAUAUUUGCAACUACUGUAAACAUUGUUUAAAAUUUUUAAAAUUCUUAAUAAUUCAUGGAAAUAAAUAUAAAGGAAAUUUAAUCAAUAUUUUCUUUAUAUAUUCUGAUAUUCAACAACUUAUAUUUACAUAUAAAUGUGAAAAAAAACAUUUAUUCAAUAUUUCCUUAUUUCAUGUUAUACACAAUUUAUGGUGUCCCCAUGAUUUCUGCCUUUUUCAAUGUAAAGGUAGUUACAGUAAAAACUAUGCCACCGAAUUUUUUCGUUUAAAAGAAUUGGAAAGUAUGGAAAAGCAGAAAAGAUUAUUUCUACAGGCAAAAGUAUUUUGUCUAUUUAAUUCUUACGGAACUUUGCCAGUGAACAAGAAAAAUGUCGAAUCGGAGUACACCAACGAUAUUGACAGGAUUAUAAAGAAUGCAAAUAAUCCGUGGGAAGUGCUUCAGAUGAACACAUAUACCAAAUUGGACAUUUCUGAUAAAACGGAGUUGAAAAAAAUGGCAAGAAAAAAUUAUCAUAAGUUGGCAUUAAAAGUUCACCCAGAUAAAAAUAAAAAUGAUAAUGCAUCAUUGGCGAUGAAUAUUUUAACCAACUCAAUGCAAAGCAUAAUGUCAAUAUAA